UUAUUAUUAUUAUUUUUUUUUUGCAGAGGGGUCAUAGCAAUAGCAUACUGUUGGUUGAAAGAUUUGGUUUUCCAGAAACCAUGUCCCAAGAGAAGAUCAAGAUACCCCACCAACAUGUUCACUGCCAGAGGUGUAAAUUAUCCGGCCUGAGAAGCCCCUAUUCUAUGACAACAGAGGUAUAAAAUCAGUGGUCUGGUGGACCAAACGUAUUCAUUGGACUUGACAGUGUCGUCAGAUAAAGGAAACAUGUACCUCAAGGAAAAUUUCAGGGAAAAUCCCCUUUAGAGAAAAGAAAAUCAGCAAAGGAAAAGCUACAAGGAAAAAGCUCGUAUAGAAUGAAAGGGGAAGAUAUGGAGGAGGUGAUGAUGAUGAUCAGCAGCCCAGGUAAUCCCAGAAAUGAGACUCAGGCUAUUCCUCAGGAGCCCAUCACCACUACCACUUGCCCUAGCUGGAAACUUUACGACAAUCCUUUUUAUUAUUCUGAUCACCAUCAACAACAACAGUGCCAAAGUAGAAAGCAUCUUCAUCAAGUAAACCUCCCCCACUCAGCUCGAAAGAUCGCAGCCUCUUUCUGGGAUCUCACCUUCUUCAAACCAGUUAUGGAUUCUGAAUUGGAUAUUGGUCGAGCCCAGAUCAUUGAAUUGAAAGCUGAGCUCGAGUACGAACGUAAAGCACGUAAAAAGGCUGAGUCCCUCAACAAGCAAUUGGCUAAAGAACUUGCUGAGGAAAGAAGGGGAAGAGGAGCAUUGGAGAGAGUAUGUGAAGAGCUUGCAAGAGAAAUUUCAUUGUAUAAAGCAGAGAUUGAUCGAAUGAAGAGGGAAUUUGAGGAUGACAGAAAGAUGCUGAGAAUGGCUGAAGUUUUAAGGGAAGAGAGAGUUCAAAUGAAGCUGGCCGAGGCCAAGAUUCUCUUCGAGGAGAAGUUAUUAGAAUUGGAGGAAACUAAACGCACAAAACUUGAUACUUCAGUUUCCAGAAUUGAAAAGAAGAACAAAGAAGGUAAACUACCAGCAUUCACUGCCAAUCUUUCAGGGAAGUUUUCAAGGUUAGUUUUCAGUGAGAAAUCUUGUGAUUCAAGAGACUCAACAAGAUUUGUAUUGAGUGAAAAGGCAUCAUCCUGUUACGAUAAUAUAAACAGUACUGUCUCUUCAUCCAUGGCAAUUCAACGAAAAGCAUCUCCAGAACCUGAGAAUCCUCACAUAAAGCGAGGGAUCAAAGGGUCUGUCGAAUUUCCAAGAGUGGUUCGAGCCAUUGGAUCCAAGAGUAGGCAUUGGGGUACAAAGCUGGAGUGCCAAAAGGCUCAGUUAAGGAUUCUACUUAAGCAGAAGAGCCCCAUCCGAUCAAAUAGUCUUAUUAUGAGUUGAAGAUAUCACUUCCCUUGAUCAAACCUUCCACAUCUCCAAGUAAUUUAACUUUUGUUUUUCGGCUUAAAUUUUGUUUCGUUCUUAUUUCUUGUUGAAUUGUUUCUGCUAAUGGGUUGGUGCCCCAUACCCCAAAUAUCCUGUUCUUGAAAGAUUAUAAGAAUAGAGUAGAUAUAUGCUUUGGGUUUGUAAUUUGCUGUAUAUGAGGUUGUGUUCAUUAAUAUUAUA